AUGUCCGACUCACGCUACGGUCGCUCACAUUACCGCAAUGAUUACCGUUACGACUAUGGACGAGACUACAGAGAUCGAGAUCGAGACCGAGAUUACCGGGACGACGAUAGAUACUAUCGUCCAAGACGAUCGCGUAGCCGGUCGAGAAGUCCAGAUAGGCCUAGAUCUAACGGUAGAUAUGACCAUUGGAAAGAAGAUUAUGCAAACAGGAGAGAGGAAAGGUGGGGAGGAAGAGAGCAUUACGACGAUCGAGAAGAUAGCGGAAAGAGGAGAAAAGGAAAAGGGUUUAAAGGGCCUGAGGUUAGUGUUGAGAGAAGGGAACUGGACAAGGAAACGGGGUUUUGGAGAGACAGAAAUCCAAGUGAGCCGAACAACCAUGUGAUUUUGCAAGGAUUGUCUAUGCAAACAACCGAGCAUGCUAUUCAGCAAGUUCUGGAUAGCCUAAAUGCCAGCAUAGAAAACAUUCGACUAAUUAGAGAUCGCAAGACAGGUUUAUCUCGCCGAUUUGCCUUUGUCAAGUUUACAAGUGUCGAACAUGCACGGCAAUUUAUCGAAGCCAAUCAACCGUUCAUUACCAUUGACAACCUGCGCGUAAAAGUCGAAUACAGCAACAGUUCAUCCGUGGAAGAUGAAGGUUGGGCAUGCAAGAACGUAAGCGUGGUUUCGCAUCCACUCAUCGACGACCCUAUCCUCGUUGACUUUGGUCAUGAGCAUGGUCACGGAGGAAAUAAAUCCAUGGUAUCUGGCUCAUUGCAUCUGGCUCCGACAAGUGCAUUCUACAACGACGGUUCUCAAGAUAUCGGUCAAAUUCCUCAUCAUAUCCUUCUCGUGCGCGGGUUAGAUCCACUCACCACCGAGGAAUCUUUAUACAACGCAACAUUCCCAUUAUCCCCUCUUCGUCGAGUAUUACUGAUAAAAGAUCGAUUAUCCAGAAUGUCAUGGGGAUUUGCUUUUCUGGAAUAUGACGAUGAACAGACAUCAUCAUAUGUUUUGGAUUUGACGCGCAAUCGAGAAUAUUAUCCAGAUGGAUUCGUUAUCGAUUCAAAGCAGGUAACAAUGAAUUACGCUCACGCCGGAAGUUUUGUGCCAGUUUACGCAACGACAGAAUGGACAAUUUGGGGCGAUGAUGGAGUUGCGUUAUCAUAUUGGGAUGAAAAGGCGUAUGCAGUAGAAUAUUCUGGGCCUGUUGCGAACAAUAAGGGGGCUGUAAUUGAACAGGAAGAGGAGAAACCCGAACUCAAACCCAAAUUGAAAGAGCGUGGAGAAGAACACGAGACGAUUAUGAAUGAAGAUGAGCAGAAGAACGAAAAAGUGAAGGAAGAGAAUAUUCGCACAGUCGAGGACGAGUUGAAUGCCUUCUAUUCUGAUAUGGGGGCAGUUCUGUCAUCAAGCAAGACAAGCGAAACGAAAUCUAUCUUCUCUGUCUCCGAUAUGGUAUCUAAUAAGGGUACUCAGAAUCCCACCACCGCUACCGCGACUCAAAUGGUCUGGGAAGACUUUGUUUUGUACACGACUAUGCGAAACUCUCGAGGUAUUGGAUGGGUUAGAGUAAACCAAGAUGAUCUUGGGUCUCGCAAUGCUUGUGAAGACUUCGCGAAACGUCGAUUAACACAGAACAAAAAUGUGAUAAUAGAUCGAUGCAACUUUAACAAAAGUCAGCGAAGAACAUGGAUCGAAAUCGCUUGGAAAUUUGACGCUCACGUAGAUGCGAUUGUAAUGGACGUUCCUUACGAACUCGCCAAGUCUCGAAUUUUAGCUCGUGCCAAUCACCCAACAAAUGUAGAAGGUCAAGGGGGUGUCGAAAUCCUUGACAGAUUUUGUGAAGAUUACACCGUUCCUCAAAUAGAAGAAGGGUUCGAACGAAUUAUUUACAUUCAACCGCAGCAGGAGCCGUUUUAUGACAAAACAACAAUAGAUGAAAUAAUGAGAAAAUUACAUGAUGAGGUUCCGGUAACGCAUAAUCGGUUGGUUAGCUUGAGGCCGAAUCAUUAUCGUGGGGGUAGAACACGUGGAAAAGGCAGUUAUUCCAGGAGAGGAUACCAGCGGGGUGGUGGUAACACCGGUGCGCAUUACACGAGAAACUUUGAAGGAUAUCGUAAUGACGAUAACUAUAGAAAUGUCCGAUAUGAUGGUCGAAACCGUGCUAGCUAUGAUCGAAACGAGACAAAGAGAACUGUUUGGUCACAAAAUUCCGCUACAUAUGAUAGACAGAAACAAGAUGAGAAGUAUCAAGAAGAGUUUCCUUCGCUUUGA